AUGCUUAGAUUGGUUUCCCAAGCCUCCAAGAGAGGACUCAUUCCUUUGAGACAGUCGGUGGCUUCAGCUCCCCUUCUCAGAUUUAACUCGAUUGCCAGCGCGCAGCGACUUUUUUCCACCUUUAAUGCGUGUCAGUACGAUGAUCGUGGUGGUAACUCUCGCAACCGUUCUUUUGACUAUUCUGACAGAAGUGACCGUGGCGGAUAUGGAGGCUAUAAAAACUACAAAAACAAUAACAAUAACAAUUUCCGCGGCUCCGGUCGUGGUGGCCGCGGUGGCAACCAGAGCAAAAACGGAUCUAACAGACGUGGCAACGGCCAAUCGGACUUUGAUGCGUCGCGUAAUACUUCGCGUCGCGGCGGUCCUGAGGGAGACGGCCUUCUCGGAAAGGAGGACUACGAGCGUGUUAGAGAGCUUGAUGGUGUGAGCCUUAUCGAACUUGCUAAGCAGGAUGCUGCUGCUGCCGGUGGCGAGGUGGAAGAAGACACUGGCGACUUUUCCAAGGUCAAGACCGAACUCUUGUCUAAACACAAGAUUCUGUCCCAAGUUCUUGUCAACUCAUUGACAGAAAACCGCAAGUAUUUGUCUUUGACUGAAGUCCAGUCUCAAACCAUUGUGCCCAUCCUUAGAGGUGACUCUGUGGUUGUGCGUGCAAAGACUGGUACUGGUAAGACUGCCGCCUUUUCUAUUCCUGCGAUCCAGCUUGUUUUGGACGACAUCAUUACCACAAUCAAGGCCAAGAAGGAAGGUACCUUUGACAAAGAGACUCACCAGGGUGUCAAGGCUAUUAUUGUUUCACCCACCAGAGAACUUGCUCAGCAAAUUGCUGAUGAGAUUUCUGCUAUUACCGCCUACGGUCCCAUGAGAGAUAUUCUUACAGUGUGUCUUGUUGGUGGUGUGUCCCGUGCUCCUCAGCUUAGACACGCUUUUGGUGGAUCCAAGGUUGCCGACAUUAUUGUUGCAACUCCUGGUAGACUUUACGACGUGCUCCAAGAGCCUGGUGUUGGCGAUCACUUUAAAAACAUUAAAAUUAAGGUUCUCGAUGAAGCCGACCGUCUUUUGGACAUUGGCUUUUCUGAACAGCUCCAAGAUAUUGAUAGCGCGCUAAGUAAUUUCGCUAAGGACGGUCAGUACCAGACUCUUUUAUUCUCUGCUACUAUUGACCGCCGUGUGCGUGACUUUGCUCGCAUGGAGCUGGGUCGCAAUGCCAAGGUUGUUGAUACUGUUUCUGCUGAUGAACCCGAAGCCCACACUCUUGUUGAGCAAAAGGCUAUUAUCUGUGAUUCAUGGAACGAGGUUUAUCCUGCUACAUAUCUUGAAGUUUCGGACGCUCUUAAGGGUGUUAUUGCCGAGAAUUCUGAGAAGCACGAGGGUGACGACAUGAAGGAUGACAAGAUUUUUAAGAGCAUUAUCUUUAUGCCCACUGUUCCUUCCGUGGAUCACUUUGCUCAAGUUCUGAGAGCUGCUUUUAAGCUUGACGAGGAUCUUGCUAAAGAACUCAAACCCCGUGUGUACACUCUUCACGGUCAGAUGACUCAGGCUGCCCGCCAGCGUGCUGCUGAUGAGUUUAGACGUCUUAAAACACCCACUAUUUUGAUCACAACAGAUGUUGUUGCUCGUGGUAUGGAUUUCCCCAGCGUCAGCCAUGUUUUUCAAAUGGGAUCUCCUCGUGAUGUUGCUUCCUACGUGCACCGUAUUGGUCGUACUGGUAGAAUUGGCCACCACGGUAAUGCCUCACUUAUUAUCACCAAGUAUGAGAAACAAUACUUGAAGCUGCUGGAAAACCGCAAGAUCAAGAUGAAGGAUGUUCGUGUAUUUAAGCACUCUGUUGCCGAGGAGGGUGAAGAAGAGGGAAGCAACCCUGUUGCUGAGCACCAGUCCCGUCUUAAGACUGCUUUCGACUUUGUUGAUGCCGAUGCUGAAGAGACAAUUAAGUUGGUUGAGGGUCUGUUAAAUUCAUAUGCAUACAUGCGCAAGGACUUUGGUGUCAAUGGCCGCGACUAUUUGGACGCCCAUAAUCAAUUUACUCAGCUGUUUAACAUUAAGGAUCACGAGUGGAGUCCCAGAGUUAAGGAAGCUUGGCGAUUCAAUAACGGUGGCUCACAGCGUGCUGGAUUCUGGGAUUCGCGUGGCCGUGGAGGCAACAACAGUGGUCGUGGAGGUUACCGCAGUGGCGAUUAUAAUGAAAACACUUCUCGGUUUGCUUCGCGCAACUACAAAAAUAAUGAUCGCCGCGAUAACAACAGCAAACGCAACUUUGAUCGUCGUUACUAA